AUGCAAAAACCCUGCAAAGAAAAUGAAGGGAAAGCCAAGAGCCCUGUGCCAAAGAGAGAAGAAUGCCCCGAUGGAGAAUUUGAACGCCAGCAAACUGAAGGGAAUUUUAGACAAAGACUGCUUCAAUUUCUCGAGGAACUUAAAGAGGACAUAGAUUAUAGGCAUUUUAAUAAUGAAGAAAUGACAAGAGAGGGAGAAGAAGUGGAAAGGUGUUUGGAAGAGAUAAGGAGUCUGAGAAAGGAGUUUAGGGCUCUGCAUUCUAACCAUCGGCAUUCUCGAGACAAUCCUUAUCACAUUUGA